GUAAUGACGUUAUUUGAAAGCGGCGCCGUUGCGGACUGGAAUGGGAGCUGGCGAUUUUUCCCAUACUUUGAUAGUUUAAUCCGUGAAUGGCGCCGAAACAGGACCCGAAACCUAAAUUUCAAGAAGGUGAAAGAGUACUGUGUUUUCAUGGGCCAUUGCUCUACGAAGCUAAGUGUGUUAAGAUAAACAUCAAGGACAAACAAAUCAAAUACUUCAUUCAUUACAGUGGGUGGAAUAAGAACUGGGACGAAUGGGUUCCUGAAAGCAGAGUGCUUAAGUAUGUGGACAGUAAUCUUCAAAAACAGAAAGAGCUUCAGAGGGCAAAUCAAGACCAUUAUGUGGAAGGAAGAAUGAGGGGUGCUGCGCCAAACAAAAAGAUACCUGCUGUAUCGCAGAAAAAUGAUGUGAAAACCAAAAAGAACAAACAGAAAACUCCUGGACCAGGAGAAGGGACUAGUUCAGGGGGGGAUCCAACUCAUCCCCCACGAAAGAAGAGGGCACGUGUUGACCCUACUGUGGAGAGUGAGGAAACCUUCAUAAAUCGAGUGGAAGUUAAAGUAAAAAUCCCCGAAGAGUUGAAACCAUGGCUUGUAGAUGACUGGGACCUGAUUACACGACAAAAACAGCUUUUUCACCUACCUGCCAAAAAGAAUGUUGAUGCAGUCCUUGAAGAUUAUGCAAACUAUAAGAAAUCAAGAGGAAACUCAGACAGCAAGGAAUUUGCUGUAAAUGAGGUGGUUGCUGGUAUUCGUGAAUAUUUCAAUGUUAUGCUGGGAACACAGCUUCUCUACAAAUUUGAGAGGCCUCAGUAUGCGGAUAUCCUGGCCAACCACCCCGAUACGUCUAUGUCUCAGAUCUACGGUGCUCCUCACCUACUAAGACUUUUUGUGAGGAUCGGAGCCAUGCUGGCGUACACUCCCCUGGAUGAGAAGAGCCUUGCACUGCUGCUCAGUUAUCUACAAGACUUUCUCAAGUAUCUUGUGAAGAACUCUGCAUCGCUGUUCAAUGCAAGUGACUAUGAAGUUGCCCCCCCAGAGUACCACCGAAAGGCAGUUUAAGCUUUUUUUUUUUUGUUUUGUUUUUUUAAUUUCAAGAUCUGAAACCUUUGCAAGUUGAACUUUUGAAAAGGACGUUUUUACUUGUCAAAAGGAUGCGAUUUCACCAAACACCAUUUUAAAGAACAGAUUGUGCAAAAUCUGUUGAGUUAUCGAGGAAGAAUUAGAUGAAGAUGUCAAAGUAGUCCCUGGACAAAUUCUUUUUUCUUUCAUAUGGAAAGCUGCUGAGUACGCUCUUCCUGUUUUGGUAUGUUUUUGAGUACCACUUUUUAGUUUCUAUUAUAUAGAGUAUUUGUCUAAUGUUAACAUCUUCUCAAAAUUAUUUCAUCAAGAUUUAUUUUGUUCCCUUCAGUUCAGAUGCUGGUUAAAUUUGUUUUGCAGACUGUCAUCAUUUUGUAAUAAAAACCUUUAAUCCUC